GACCAUCUGGUCACUUUACCUUAGAACAUACUUCUAGGCGCCUUGGCUUAAACCAAGACGGGUCUAUGGUACUAGGUGAGGCCGUUUCGUCACUAAGUUGGUUAGGGAAGCGGUAUAUGAAAACAGUACGGAAGAAAACAGAAGGGGAAUUAUUUCCUUGUAGCGUGAAAGAGACAAACUGAUCACGAGCGAGCUUCGGCACUAGCGUAUUGUGUUUUGUUUACAAACAAAACACAGUAGACUUCCAAGAUGGCUGAAGAGUGGUUUUAGCAAGUUGGCCCACCUUAGGAUGUACUUCUAGACGCCUUGGUUUGUAGUUCGUGUUUUGCACGCUAUCUACGCCGAUUAAAGUUUGAUUUAGUUUUGAAGAAAUAGUGUUCUAUUGUAAUUUGGCGAACUGUGAUGGAUGGAAACGGCUUGUAUUCCUUGUCUGGCGAUGGGGAAAAUUCUCGGAGCAAGAGAAAGUACAUCGAAAUGAUGGAUAGUAAUGAAGAAAAAGCAGCGUACAUUAGAAGAGAGGCGCCAUCCAAACGUCUAUUUCUCGCAGAGUCAGACGGUCCAAACCUAAAUCCGGAAGAAACAUCAUCUAAGAAACCAUUGAGCAGAUUGUGCCAAUUUUUCUAUUUUGACCGGUGUCUGAGCGUAGAAAAAUGCCCAUAUAUGCAUUCCGAAUUUCCCUGUAAAUUUUACUAUUUUGGUCUCGAAUGUCGAGAUGGGGAGCGAUGCAAAUUUAAACAUGGACCUGCAUUGAAGGAUGACAUGAAGAAAGUCUUAUGGGACCAUGUUACUACCGCUCCGUCUAUGUUUUUGCAUGGAUUCCCAUGUUUCCCUCACGCUCUAUUGAAAAAGCAUUUGGAAGAACGCCACGACGAACUAAUGGGAAUGGAACCUAAAGAGCAGUUCCAAGCAGAGGAUUAUGAACAAUAUUACGAACAUCACAUUGAGUCUUAUUCUUCUACUCUCCUUGGUGAGGUUAUUAAAACUGUUGCUAGAAACCAACCACUGAGGAAGCAAUUCAAGCGGACGAGUAAGUUAGUCGAAAUUAUGUCCCCUGACCAAGUAUCGACAGUGGCCAAACUUGGAGUCACAACAUUGGAUCAUUUAUUUAAGCUCGAAGCGAGUACACUAUUGAGUCUUGGGUUUGACUUUGAGGAGCUGGUAAGGAUUGAGAUAUUGAAAGAAAAUAGUCGAAAGCAGUCUAUUUAUACCGCGAAUGAGCCGCCUGUCGAGGAAAAGAUAGAUGAGGAUACGUUGGAAAUAGAUUCAAAGGAAGUCACAAACGGUAAACCUGCUUUGGGCGACCAUGAACUGUUAGGUGCUCUAGAUGACGAGUUUAAGCAAUCCUCCGUUGGAGAUAAAUUUGAAACGAAUGAAUCCGAAAGCCCUGGACAACAAAACGAUGAAAAUAGUAAUUCACAAUUAUCUGUCAAAGAGAAGGAAAAUAACUUCGGAAGACCAUCUUUUGAGAAUCCCUUUCUACAACAUAUAAGAGAGGACAACGAUACCCCUAGUACGGUUUCCGCGAACCGAUCCUCAACCGGAGAGUGCGACAGCAAACCGCCUUGUCGCAUGCCUUUCAAAUCCAUCAUAAAUCAGUACACACCAGCAAAGGAAAUUGAUGGUUCCAAAGUGAAAUAUCCAUGUGUACCGUACCGGUUGAUUCCAAUCGAUAUCCCGGAUCCAGAUUUCACGAGCGUGCAAAAUUCCUUCCCCACCAAACCGACAUAUAGUCUUGAUCCCCGUAUUCGUUUGAUAUUCGAUAUCGGAACUCAUUUUGUACAUAACACCAAUAAUAGUGUCGUUCGGGAUCCUAGAUUGAAGAGGCAGAUGCAGAAUUCUCCCCAAAUUGACACGGAUGGUAAGAUGACGGAUGUCAAUCGAAAUAAUGAUAAUUAA